AUGGAACAUACUCAACUGAAGGAGAACGUAGACAUGCUGAGGCUGGAGAACAAAAAUCGGAGAGAAGAUUGGGUCCUGCUGAAGCACCACUUGGAAGCAUUUAAAUUGAUCUGUGAGGAUCAAGAGGAAGAGACCAGUGACCUCCAAACCCAGCAACAACAGGUAGGGCAGGAAUUUGAAAAAUUGGAGGGAAGCUUGCAGGUCCUGCUGAAGCAGAAGGAGAAGAUCACCCAGGAAAAGGACUUGGCAGAAAAGCUGCAGCAUCACUUUGAGGUCUUCCAAAUGUCAGAGAAACUGAUACAUGAGCUGGAACAGGCCACAGCCCAGGAUGAUAUCCUGCUUCAAAAGGAGAUGUUAAACCAGGAGCCACCUUCUGAGCCCAAUCUCCAGGAAAUUCUGGAUUAUGAUGCACUUUCUCCCUAUUAUUUUAUUUCCUGUGUGUGA